CGGAUCCACGGCUGAGAAGGAGAAGAACUCCCGUGUGAUUGGAGGAAGUAAUACAUCAACAAAGAAAGAUGGCCGAAGUCAUAGAGCUGCAGAAGCUGAAGCUUGCUGAGCUGAGGCAGGAGUGUGAGGCCAGAGGUCUGGAGACUAAAGGAAACAAAGGGGAGCUCAUCGCCCGACUGCAGGCUUAUCUGGAGGAACACGAGGAAGAUGUGGACGUGGAUGAUGUUCUGGCAGAGGAUGCAGUGGACUUCACUAAAGUUGAGAGUUCCAACAACGUCAAAGUCGUGAAGGAUUCUGAAUCUACUGAGAUUGACCCACCUGCUGAGAAGAAGGUGGUGAAGAUCGCUCCUCCAUCGUCCUCCACUGAAAGACUACAGAAGAGAGCGGAACGUUUCAACAUGCCGGCAACAUCUGAAAGCAAGAAGGCCUUACGUGCAGCACGGUUCGGUUCAUCCAACGAUGCUUCAACUCCGUCUUCAGGUCAAGUUACAAACAGUAAAGCUGCUGUGAACGUCGAUCAGCUGAAGAAGAGAGCAGAAAGAUUCGGCAUGAACGUUUCAUCGAUUUCACUAAAGAUGGAGGAGGACGAGAAGCUGAAGAAGAGGAAGGAGAGGUUCGGCAUCUUAACAAGCGGAGGUUCAGUCGGUACAGCUGGUGCAGCCGACAUCGAGGCAAAGAAAAUGAAGCGCGCUGAAAGAUUUGGAAACGUGUAAAUAAUGUCUGGGUCGUUUUUUUUGUAAAGUGUUUUCAUGACCAGAGAUUCCUGAACUAAUGUGGCUCCUGUGAAGCAAAAGUACAUUUAAAUGCAGAGAUACAUGUUAAAUCGUUCAGAGAACACAGAAAAAUCUCUCAGCAAAACUCAAGUUAGGACGUUUGUUUGUAUCUAGACGGACAUGUUUGGUCCCAAGAGGCCUUAAAGCUCUUCAUUUAUCACUUCCUGAACUCUUUCUACAGACUUUAGAGGAAGUUUCAGUGGAGAAUUUCUUGCCGUUUUAAGUUUAGCUGCAAUAAAAUCCUUUUUUCACGUCUUUAUCAAGCAAAUCCAGUAGUGAGUCGUGUUGAGCCGCUUCCUGCAGCUGUUUCCCAUCACAAAGCUUCCAUCUGUUCACAGUUGAAUCAUCUCAUUCUCAGCUUUAAGUGAUUAAAUCAGCCAUGAUCACGAUGAGACAAUGAGUAGUUUAACUGUGAAGCAGCUGCAGAAACACUUGCAUAAGCCAAAAAAAACAGCCACUAAAGUCUCAAUGAAACCUAAAUUGGGCCGUUUUCAGGCUUUUUGCUUUGGGUCGACGGCGAGAAUAAGAAAACUUAAACUAAUGAAGAUUUAACAUCGGCCUGUCGUCUUAUCACACAUCCAGGGAAAGUGGAUGCUCUGUGUGCUCCGUUCAUUUAAAGACCUGAACAGGUGAAGCUAAACGACAUCUAUCUGACAGUGAAUAAACAGUAUUUGUGUUUAUUGGCUGAGAAGGACUCCGUUUUUAUGACUUAACUGUGUGUGUUUAAGUGUACUUUUGAUUAAUCAGCAGCCUGUUAAUUUCUUAUUUUCUAAAUUGGGGAUUCUGUUGGUACACUGCUUCAGUUAUCUGUCCAUUUUAUAACAUUUUGUGAUUUAAAAUAAAUUGUUUUCAAUUUUUUGA